GUGGCCCAGAGGUGGCAUCCACCAUCGUCGUUUUUCCUCUUGGAUUGGGUUCCUUUUGGGGCAAGUAACGCUUCUUGGAAAUUUGGGCUUGACUUGAGCGACUUUGGGCUGACGGUAAAUGGACCCAUCUUGAGGCCAUAGCCGAUUCCUUCUCCGGAUUGGACCGAGUUUACUACAGUGGGCUCCUCUUGGGCUCCAGUUAAGACUUCCAGUAAACUCCUCUCCUUUAGGCUUCAUCUUAUAGGUGAAAACACCAUUGAUUUUCUCAGAUAUGCUCCAUUGAUCCUCCAUAAUUGUCCAAGCUUCUAUCCAAAUUACACUAGAUUGUAUUAUACCUUGAAAAGCACAGAAACAUACCAAAAAGGUAUAAAAGGAUUCAAAAACACAACCUAUGUUUAAUAAUAGCUAAUUAAUCAAAUAGAUAUGAUAUUCAUAUGAAUUCAAGUCAAAAUUCUAAAGAUGCAUUGAUAGAAGGGGAAAUGUAUCAAGUAUGGGAGUGAGAAGCACUAUAAUUUGAGUGUUAUCAUUUUCAGUCGUGAAGUACUGAACUUGGUCGCAGCUUCUGCUUCGUCGACCGCUUUGUGAAGUCAUGAUGAUGGAAAUGAGAGUCUUGUCAAGAACCAAUUAGUCAAAAUACUCAAGUUAUUGGGAGAAGAUUUAUUAUGGAUCUUAUACCACUCUCUUACACCCCUCGCCCCCCAGCCAACUCGUAUAGGAUUGAAAUUUGUUCAGACACUAGGCACCAUGUGCUUGCUAAUGGGGAGUUAUUGGGAUUCGAACAUAAAGUCUCUUAGUCACAAAAGGCUCUGAUACCAAACUUUGAUAUCAUAUCAAGAACUAGUUGGUUUUAAUAACUCGGGUUGUUGGGAAAAUGUAAAUUAUGGAUCUUUUACCGCCACUCCCUUACAAAUCCACCUUCGUUAACUAACGUUCGGUUUAGUAUAAUUUCUUGUUUAUGUUUUUUGUUUUCACAUGUGAAAAUAGACACCGAAAACAAAUUUGGUUAUGUUUUCGUUUGUUGUUCUGGUAACAACAGUUGGCAACACAACAAAAAUUAGUUGAAACCAGUAAAACCAUUCAUUCAAGGGAGUCUAUACCAAAUCUCACCACACCCACUUUCUAUGGGUUUCUUUUAAUGAGUAUUAAUGUCGUGUUACAUAAAAUCUAAGUAAUUAUGUGAGCUUUACGUAACUCUUUCGAUUUCACUGUUACGUAAGAAAUAACUAUCGUUCUAUAACCUUUACGUAAUGAGUAUUAACCUCAAUUUACGUAAAGUAUUAAAUUAUUACGAAAUUCUUACGUAACGCUUCUACUUCAAUAAGAAUUGAAAUAAUGAUAAAUAUGAAAAAGGAAAGAAAAAAAAAAAGAUAACUUGUGUGGGUGGUCAGCAACCCAUGUUGUCAUUGAUUUUUUUUAUUUUUUAACAAUGAUUUAAAAUAAAUUUGAUCGGAUUUAGAGGUAUACAAAUUUCCUAACUUAAAAUUAUACUCAAAUUAUUGUAGGAGUUACCUAUAUAUUAUACACCCAUGAACACAUUUCUUUUGCUUCCCCAACUCCGUUCCGUCGAAGGAAACGCAAGGAAGGAAGCCGAGACUUCAUUUCCUUUUUGUUUAUUUCUUUUCCCAGUCGGACAAAUUAAAGGAGCCGCAAAAAGGACGGACCCCGUACGUAACGUCUUCGUACCUUUUUCCUUCCACUGUCAGGAGGAGAAAUUCAUUCUUCCUGUAUCUAUAAACAGCCGAAUCUUACAAGUUCAACAAAAAGCAGCGACUUCUCAAUGAGUGAUGCAGCAAGAUCGUGGGCCGACCUUCCUGGAGAGGUCCUGAAUCUGAUACGACGGAGAUUGCUACGAAAGGAUUAUUCCAACUUCAGGGCCACCUGCAGCAGCUGGAACUUCAAAGCUGGCUUCGAUCCUCUUGUCUACGAGAAUGUGAAGUAUCCAUUCUUGCUGUGUUUUCCUAAAAGUAGUGAUGAUGAUGAUGAUGAUCAUUCAUACGCCGCCUAUUACAAAGCUUACUCUGCUGCAUACAACAAGACGUAUCACAUUCGCACGUCGUCCCAACUCCUGGUCGACGCACAUGUUUUCUACUCUGCUGAUGGCUGGUUGCUGCUGGGUAGAGGCCACCAGGCGUUUUUCUAUCACCCUUCCACCCAAGACAUGAUCAAGUUGCCGGUUAUUAGAACAGAUUGCAAGGUCCCCUUUGGUUGGAUGAAAAGCUAGGCCUACGUCCUCGGAUUGCUUGGUUCUUGGCGUUACACCUUCGAAUUCGAAAGAGAAGACGUGGUUUUCUUUCAUUCGACGAGGGCAACGCUCUUGGAAGCACUACCAAGUUUCCAACAGGAUGAGAGUACUGCUGCACAACCACAUAAUUCCUCAUCACAAUAACCUGAAUUCGGUGGCUAGGGUGAAAUAUUUUCGCAAGAUUCCAUGCGUCGGAGAUUUUUUGUGGUCCGAUUCAACUUGUUCCCCUGUGUACUACAGAGGAGCGUUCUAUUGUUUAGCUCGAGACGGGAGGUUGGGAGUACUUGUCGAUCCCGACGAAAAGAGAGAAAACAAGAAGAAGAUGUGGAGGAUAUUUGAUUCGACAAAGAAAUUAGAUUCGUUCAUGGACGACCCUGGCAAUCGGGCUUAUCUUGUGGAAUGCAAAGGAGAGUUGAUCUCGAUCGUGGUGGCUCCUAUGGGAGAAUUCGUAAGAAUUUUCAAAUUUUACAAUCGCACAAAAGUGUGGCGGGUUGCUUAUGGGCUUGGAGAUCAAACGAUUUGUUGAGUCCUGUUGGGUGCUUAUCGAUACCGUGCGGCGACGACAUGCAAAUCCAAAGCAAAAAAGAGUUUUAGAGAGAGAGGGAGAGAGAGAAAAAAAAAGAACAAAGAACAAACCCUAGGUUAGAUUUUGAAGAGAGAGAGGGACGAGAUAGGUCUAGUACAAAGCGGCGAAACCCCUACUUUGGUACUUCCUCUCUCAGAGAAGAACGGAAGUGGAUUGUUGACUUGUUGUACGCUUGGUACUUUUAGGUUUUUAAUUUUUAUCUUUUACUUUCACUCUCACACUCGUCAAUCACCCAAAACCACGUUGAUUCCGUAUUAUUAUUUUUUUAUUUUGCCACAGAUAUUUAUUUUUACGUUGCUUAUAUUCUUUCUUCAGUUUAUUUCAUUUCAUUUAAAAUUAGACUUGUAUAUUCCCUUCCUAAAAUAGCCAUUUCCAUAUUUCACAAAAGUAAAUCAGAGAGAUUAAAGAAAUAGUAAAUAAGAACAAUUUCG